AGUUAUGUCUCCGAGGCAGCGAGCUGAUAAGAGCGGCGGCGGAGAGAGUGACAGAGAUAGGUAACCACCGCACACAACCGGAUCCUCGCCAGGGGCAGCGGGGGGGCCCCUCGAUCCCCAGGCACAUCAGUAAACCCCCUCGCCUCUCCCCGCCGGUUAAUUGCCCAUUCGCCACAAUGGGGCUGAGAACUGGCCGCCAGCUUCUCACCCUCCUCGCUCUGCUGAGCUGCUGCCCGAUGUCUGCCCAGGAUCUCUGCCCCCUGACAGUGCCUCUCCCCGGCACGGUCACCUCCCAGGUCGGAGGCCGUGCCCACCUGUCCUGCGGCCCCGGCCCCGGCGACCAGGUGGAGACGGAGUGGAGGUUCAGGAACAAGGUCCUGAGACCCGGACGCCACCGCACGCUCAACGGCAGCCGGCUGAUCCUCGAACCCAUCGAGGCGAAGAACGCGGGGAUCUACACCUGCUUCAGGAACGGUACCAAAGUGAAGAGUGUGCGGCUGCUCGUUGGAGAGCCACCGAAGACACCUACCACCCUUUGCUUGUUGAAGUCGUACCUGAGUCCAAUUCGAUGCGAGUGGCAGUCCAUGGAACUAAAGAGUUUAACCAAGUGCAACGUGCUCUACAGGACCAGCUUCCUGAAGAACGCCACCCUGAAGCUCUGCAAGUUCUACACAGGCCCGCGGGUCUGCGUAUGCACAGUCCCCCACAGGGAGGGCGAGUACGAGCACCAUUACAUUAGACUGGCCGUCUCCAAUGGCUUCGGCUGUGCCUACAGCAAAGAGAAGAUGUUCAGCUUCGACAGCCUGUUGAGAUCGGACCCCCCGGAGAUGGUCAGAGUGAGAUCGGUGCGAAAGGCCGUGCACAAGCUCAACGUCACGUGGACCUACCCUCGUACCUGGCAGCAGGGGUUCUACGCCCUGCAGUUCGAAGUUUCCUACGGUGUCAAAGAUGAGCUCUUCUUCAGAUCGGCCAUCGUUAAGGACACCAACUUCCUGAUCGCGGACGCUCUACCCAACAGGAACUACACCGUACAAGUCCGGGCCAAGGAGGAGUUUAACCACGGCUCCUGGAGUGAGUGGAGCCCCGAGGCGUUCGGCGUUCCCUGGGCAGAUCCCCGGAGGAACAUAGUGUCACAGGGGGACACUGAGGGUUACCCAUCCACAGUCAUUGAGUGCGAGGAAUGCUCUUUCGAGGAGAAAAACAUUCAAGAGUCCCAACAACCAGAGCGGAAAUCCUUCCCGGAUUACAUGCUGUGCCUCAUGGUCUUGUGCCUGGUCAUUGUGAGCACCCUGUUCACCGUUAUUCUCAUCAGAUACAGAAGGAAGUGGCAGGCCACGGUCAAGGUCAAAGGCCAUGCGGAGGUUCUACCGGAAAGCCUGACAGUCAAACUGAUAAAGGGGCCUCAGGCACAGCAAGAUCCCAAGUGCCAGGAGGCCACGGCCGAGACUCCGUUCCAAGGGGAGGCCAGCACCCAGCCCUUGGACGUUGACUGCCAAGAGGAGGCCUCUCAGUUCAAUGUCAUGAACCCAGGUUAUUUCUACAUCCAACAGUGACCCGGAAGGUGAUCCCGCUCGGGUGCCCCGAGAGACAGGCAAGCCUCUUCCAUUGGACUGAGUAGCAGGGAAGAGGCUGGAUUUGGACUGUGGGGUGGACUUCUGCUCAGGGCCAUUGGGCCAACUGAGGCAGAGAGGCCUUAUCCCACCCCACCUCCCCACCCUCCGAGUUUUCCUUGCUUGUCGUGCUUCUUGUGCCUCAGGCCCCUUCUGUGGACUCAACUACCUCCCCCCCCCGCAACUAUACACCUCUAUUAGUGAGUGCAGGGGGCCACAGGACGCUGGAUGGGUGUUCCCUCACCGGUGGGAAAGACAGUUGCAUGGCAACGUCGGGCCCAAGCCCAUAAAGUGGGUGGGAAGCAUUUUCCCCAUCCCCAAAUCGCUAACAGGGACUAGGAGCUUUCCCAUGGCGUCGGAAAUUGACCUCCACACAGUGGAUAGCGCAGCGUAAGAUGGAAGCCGAAAGGAAAGUGGUCGUGGAACUCCCUGAAACGAGAGCCUGUUUGGUAGGGAGCUCUGGCCCCCAAGGCCGCUCAGCCCCUCAGCCUUGUUCAUGUGCUCAACAAAGCGGCUGGUCUCUGACCUUUGACCUCAGCAGCAUCUCUGUAUUCUUCCCGCCCUCACCCAAUAACUUUUCCAGGGAAAAGAAAAUGUGCAACAUUGGUUCAUUCGCGUCUGCAGAGUUUGUCUCAGUCACUGAGUGACUGAAAAACAGGGGCCAGUUAUUGUAGCUUUAAAUACAGUCAGGUAAGGAUAUUUCUGAGCAAUUCAAAGUGUGAAAUUUUCACUGUCUGUCUCUACAACCUCUGACAAACCUUUGUUAUCUGAGAUUUGUACAGUUGUUAG